UUCGUAAGUGUGUUUAGGCUUUUUUGACCGGUGCUUUGAUUCUUUCGUAACUUUUUACUAAAAAUAUUUAUCACAUAAAAUUAGAAAUACCAAUAUGAAUAAUUUAUAUAAAUUAUUACGAAAGCCGGCCACAACACUUUUCGGUGUGGCACAGUCGAUGCCAAAAAGGUUUUACGCCGCGCCACCAAAACGUUUUUAUAAGAAAACCUCAGUAUUGUAUAAUGACGGUAAAUAUGAAGUUACGCUGGAUAGUCGAAAGUUGAAGACACCAAAUGGCACAUUGUUCACAGUGAAAAGUGAACCGUUAGCAAUAGCUGUGGCCACCGAGUUUGAUGCACAAAAAGAGCAUAUUGAACGUUCCAAAAUGCACUUGUCUGCAUUGUGCUUCACCGCACUAGACAAUCCCAAUCGGCACACAAAAACGGAUAUGGUGAAUUAUAUACUCAAUUAUAUUGCAACGGACACUAUACUCUUCCAAUACGAUGAUGAAAAAGAAUUACACGAUUUACAACGCACGGAAUGGGAUCCCAUAAUACAAUGGUUCAAUGAGCGCUACGGCACAAAUUUAGAAAAAACUAUGGUUAUGUCGCCACCAAAUGUGAGCGCUGACGACAAAGCGAAAGUCUCGAAAUACUUGCUGUCGCACAGUGAAGACGUGCUAUUUGGUUUCAUUUACGCUGUGGACACCUUAAAAUCUGUUUUACUUGCAUUCGCUGCAAUAGACCAGCGCUUAAGUGUCGAUAAGGCUGCUGCUUUGUCCCGCCUAGAAGAAGAAUAUCAGGCGAAAUUUUGGGGACGCGUUGAAUGGGCGCAUGAUCUAAGUCAACAAGAGUUACAAGCGCGCCUGGCUGCCUCUGUGCUCUUUGUGCAUCUCAAUCGUUCUGAACAUUUUGUUAAGGAAAAGUUAAUUGUUUAAAAAAAUAGUGUUAAUAAAAAAGUUGUAUGUUGUUAGCUGAGUGUGCCUGGAAAAGUUAUAUUAAUAAAAUAUAAAUUACACGCAGCAAUAUCAAGAGUACAUGUCAACAAUAUAAUGAGUAUAUCGUCAGUGUGCCGCAGUAAAGUAUUCAAGUAAUCAAA